AUGCCGCUGCAGCAGGGCUCUGCCCGGGUGCGGCAGCGCACGGUCCUGCUGGUGGGCAUCGCGGUCCUGCUGGCCGCCCUCGUCCUCGCCGUCGUGCUGGCCUCUCUCCUGACCCACGGAAGGCACGAAACCAGUCCCAAAAUGCUGAAGUGGAAGAACAGGGGGACUACUAAGAACUUGCAAGAAGUCAUCCUGGGAAGAUGCUACAACUACAUCGUGGCACAGCACCCGGAGCUGGGAGAUAAGGAUUGUCUAAAAAUAUGGGAAUCAUUAAAAGAUGCAUUCAUUUACAAGAAUCCCUGUAAUAUCACACCAGAAGAUUAUCAGCCUUUAAUGGAGCUAGCGAGUCAUCCUAUACCCUGUAACAAGUCACUGUUUUGGAGCAAGACAGGUGACCUCGUUCAUCGUUAUACUAAAUCCAAUCAGAAGUUCUUCACCUUGGAGGACACCUUGUUGGGUUAUAUGGCUGAUAAAAUUUCAUGGUGUGGAGACCCCUCUGCCCCAGGAAUCAACUAUGAAUCUUGUCCAAAACGAAGUGAAUGUGAGAGCAACCCUGGCUCUGUGUUCUGGAAAAUGGCAUCCAAGAUGUUUGCAGAAGCAGCAUGUGGUGUGGUUCAAGUGAUGCUCAAUGGAUCAGUGGAUGCUGGAGCUUUCAGAAGCAGCAGCAUUUUUGGAAGUAUUGAGGUCUUUAACCUAGAUCCAGAUAAAGUCUCUGAAGUGCACAUUUGGCUUAUGCAAAACCUUGGUGGACCUCAAAGUGAGUCCUGCUCAGGUCAUUCCAUUCAGAAGUUAAAAAGCAUUUUAGAAGAGCGAAACUUUAAGAUCAUUUGUGAAGACAAUUACAGUCCUGCCUACCCUGCUAGAAAAGGUAUUAGAAAACUCACUACCAUCAAGUUCUUCAAACAUGAAGUUCUGACAUAA